AUGAUGCCUUCCAACCCCAAGUCUCACCGCAAUAAGAAAUACAAGAAGAAGUCUGCCAUGAUGGCUUCGUCGAAGAAGCCUGCUGGUCAGCGUGAGUACUUAAGAUCUUUAGCGUCCCAAAUUUCCUGCCGGGCUCCAGUCGGCACCUGUUUGCAGCUGUUCUUCCGUUCACUCCUGACAACACUGACUAUUUGA